AUGAUGGACAUGAAGGAAACGCCGGGCGGUGUGCCCUGGCUUACCCAGCCACCAAGAUUUCACUCGUCCCGCGAGAGCAAAUGCAAGUUGAAUCCCGCGCAGUGUGCCUAUAUUCAUGGCUACUGGCGCAACUGGUACCAGGGUGACCAUGUCUACGCCUUGGGCACCGUUUACUUCUGUUGUGCUAUGAUCGGUUUAUUCGUCCUCUCCAAUAUUCUAGUCAGAUACUCUCCGGACUGGCUCAAGCGAACUCCAGUAUGGCGUGGAAUCGCCUCCAUGUCUCGAUAUCUGUCUUACCGGGGAUAUUCGAUACCGAAACUACGAUACUGGUCCCCAUCCUUGGGAGUGCUGUUGCUUGGUAUGGCGGGAACCGGAUUUUUUCUAGGAAUGACGCUUGGCCCGCAACCUUAUUACUGGCCAACUGAUGCGCAUUAUGGAAACAGUCCUCCUCUUGCGAAUCGGACGGGAUGGAUGGCUCUCGGAUUAUUGCCAUUUGUGCUAGUCCUGAGUACCAAAGCAAAUAUGAUUUCUAUGCUCACCGGUAUUUCCCACGAAAAACUGCAGGUUUUCCACCACUGGGCGAGCUACGCCAUGUUCGUAUUGGCACUCGUUCAUACGUUCCCGUUCAUAAUUAUCCAUCAGCGAUGGCACGAUCUGGUUUAUCAGUGGAAAACAAGUGUUGUUUACUGGACAGGGGUCGUUGCUAUUAUCGCGCAAGCCUAUCUGACUUUCAUGUCUUUGCCUUUUAUUCGUAAUCGAUUUUACGAGUACUUCAAAGGUACACAUAUGCUUGCAGCUCUUGUUUUCAUCAUUUUCCUUUUCUUCCAUUGCAACGCAUCGCUUACUUCAUGGGACUACUUUAUUGCAACUGGUGCUCUCUACCUCUCAUGUCUGGCAUUUUCUAUGAGUCGCACCUACUUAAUGAAUGGCCUUCAUAAAGCUACCAUCGAACUUCUUCCAAGUGGUCUUCUCCGCGUUUCAGUCCCCACAGCCAUGAACUGGCACCCCGGCCAACAUGUGUUUAUCCGAUUUCUGACUUCGGACUUGCACCUUCUGACAGCUCACCCUUUCACAAUCUCUUCUGUCCGCCGAAACCCGGAUGAAACUGGAACAGCCCCCGAGCUUGUCUUCUACAUCAAGCCACGAGGAGGUGUAACAGCCCGUCUAGCUGCGAUUGCCAACAAGAUCCCGGGCUGUUCGAAGACUGUCUUGAUCGAGGGCCCAUACGGAGGUGUAAGCGCUCACCACAUGGCUAGCUUUGACACCAUUCUCGUAAUUGCCGGAGGUUCAGGCGGUGGAUUUUCUCUUGCUAUGGUCGAUGAGGUACUACGGUUAUCUGCUUUGGAAUCGAAAGGCAUUGAGCCGGUCCACGAUGUCCGUCGGAAUCUGCAAGUCGUUUUCUCAACUCGCGACACUGCAAUGGCAGAAUGGUACGCUGCAGAAAUUGAGGAUCGCCUCUCGCAUUCUACAACAUUUACCUCGGACCUAGAUAAUGGAUUUGAAACAGCUGUAUCUGUACACGUUACAUCCCGCGUCAACUCGAAUACAUCCUCCCCAGCAAUUGGAUUCGAGAAAGAGCCAGGAAAAAUGCUCCCAACUGAAGUUACGACAACCGGAUCUUUCAGUCUCAAUGUACACCGCAACGCUAGACCUGAUAUCGCUGGUCUGAUUGCACGUACCGUGGCAACGUCUGGUAGCCGGGGAAAUCAUGUCGGGAGAAAGCAGCGGGUUGGUGUCUUAGUCUGUGGACCUGCAUCUAUGCUUCACGAUACCCGGAAUGCGGCUGCUUUAGCCCAGAAACGGGUGAUGGACGGUGAGGUUGAAGAACUUUAUUUACACUCGGAACCUUUCGCGUGGUAA